AGUUCCCGCUUUGUGAGGACCGUUAGCUCAAAUUAGCAUCAUUAGCUUCGCGCUCGGCUAAUGCACUCAACACUAUUUCGCUUCUUGAAUUGUCAUAUUUACUUUUUUUUAGCCGUUGAAGAGAGUUGUGUCACAGCCAGCGUCCGCCAUGACGAGCCGCUUCUCCUUUCACUCCCAGCUCUCCUCCAUCAUGGAGACGAUGGCCAGGUCUGCCCUGAGUCAAAUCAGCAAGCUGGUGGACGAGGACACGGCGGAGCUCCGGCUGCGGUUGUCUCAGCUCCUGGUCGCUAACACCGCCCUGGCAGAGAAAGUAAACAGUCUGGAGUGCGAGCUGACGAUUGUGAGGAGCGACUCUCCCACAUUGUGUAAAAGUUAUCGCACCGUAGGUGUACAAACUGUGUGCCACGGGGACGGGGACGCUCAUGUGCCUGGGUCGCCCACCAUAGAGGGGAUCUUUGGGAAAGAUUGGUGUAUGAAUCUGUGGAAAGACAGAAACCCAGACAGUGCGGAGAGAGACUCACCGCAGUCCUCCGAGGAAUUUACAGAGACCCUGUCCAACCACAUUACUGAGACAGAGGUCAAAGAUGAAGACGGGGAGGACGCGGCCAGCAGCUGCCAGCAGGAAGCGCUUACUACAGAAGAACAUGAAGAAAGCAUGGCCGUGGAACCAGAGCGACACUCAGUCGGUAUCUCGGUCGAUGGCAGCACCUACAGCCUGCCGUUUGAUGAGGAUGAGGAGCCUGCUGUGUGUGCAGGUGGUAUGGAAGAAGCGUCCUUGCAGCUGAUUUGCAUCAGUGACACAGAGGAGCCUUUCAGCUCUCAUAUCAUUCCAAUUGAAGAAGACGAUGAAGAUGACAAUGUACAGUUUGUUGAAGAAACCCAGCUGGAGGAAACGUCGAAUGCUGCAAGUAUGCCCAGCUACAACAAAGAGCUCACAUUCCCUGCAAACGACUCGGAAAACAGCACCGCUCCGGAUUCCCAGGAUGACUUUAAUAUGCAUCAUGUAGAAACCGCGAGAGAUUCAGACAAAGAUGGAUUUAGCUGUGUAAUAUGCGGCAGGAUGUUCUUCCACAAGGGCGUUCUAGCACACCACAUAAAGUCCCACAAGUCCAACUAUUGCAACGUUUGUAAGCAGGUUUUCCCCCACAAGCAGUUUAACACGCACACCUGCCAGCCUCCGGUUCCCUCUAUGUCAGGCACUAGAUACUGUGAGAUAUGCAGGAAGACCUUCGCAAACCCGUCAGCACUGAGGAUUCACUAUCUUGUCCACACAGGAGAGAAACCACAUAGGUGCAGCUUCUGCGGGAAAGGGUUCACCCAGAAAGGCAAUCUGAAAUGUCACCUUCGUAUCCACACUGGAGAGAGACCUUUCUGCUGUGUCAAAUGUGGGAAGACAUUCACUCAAAAGGUCAACCUCAACCAUCAUUUAAUGGCACACAGAAAACAAGAGGUCCCCAAGGCGAGGAGAAAUCAACCUGUCAGGAACUGACGAGAACUGUAGCUUUAUUUAUCUGAA